AUGAGUUCACUACGCCUUCCUCCAGAUCCAUAUAAGAUCCUUGGUGUUGAUAAAGACGCGACUUUACCUCAAAUUCGAUUGGCACAUCGAAGACUUGUUCUCCAAUGUCAUCCAGAUAAAGUUCAAGACCCUACAUUAAAGGCAAUAAAGGUUGAUGAGUUCCAAAAGGUUCAAGAAGCGUACGAAAUACUUAGUGACGUAUCGAGAAGAUCCGAGUAUGACCAAACAGUCAAGCUACAUAACCUGAGAGAGGAGUUGGGCAAAACUUCAACUUCGACUCCAACUCCAACUCCGGCUCCAGCCUCGACUAGUAAAACUUACGAAUACAAUGUUAGGACCGCAGAACCUAGACCGACAACAUAUAGUUCCUCAUAUCCAAAGACUUCACAAAAGCCACCAAGAGAGUCAAACGUAUAUUCAAAAACCCCACCGAGAUCUUAUGAGGAUUUAUACGAAGAACCUGCGAGACCAUCUGUUAGGAGAUCAAGAACUACAACUAGAGACUCAGAAAAAGAUGAAAGAGAUCGACGAAGACAUCAGGACGAGGAUGAGAGAGAGAAGAUGAGGCGGAAGAUGGAGAGGGAAGCAAAACGGGAUCAUGGGGAUCGAAAAAAGACCCGCGACAAGGAGAAGAGGCGAGGUACCGAGGAGAAAGUACGCCCAAAUACAUAUGUCGAGGAGGAAUCCAGUGAAGAUGAAUUUAGAAGAAAAGCGGAACGAACUGCAAGAAAGGCAGAGGAUGCAAUGAGAGCCGAGAGAGCCGAGAGAGCCGAGGUUGCUGCUCGAGUUCAACAAGAGCGAGAGGCUAGAGAUCGGGAACACCGAGAGUGGGAACACCGUGAACGAGAAAGAGAGCUACGCGACAGGGAAAGGGAGCGAGAGCGAGAGCGAGCACCCCCCGCCUUGAAAGACUCGCCGAUGGGAGAUAAGUGGAAGGAUCAUAUGGCAAAUGCGGCGCGUUAUGUCCAAGCUUCUCGUCGAGAGUCGGAUAUCAAACCAGAGGUACCAUUUGCACCAGCGCCACCAGCAAUGCCUGCCAUGCGAAGGGCAGAAACAUUUGCCGCGCCAUCAUCCGCACCAUACAAUAUUCGAUACGAGACUGUACGCCCUUCGGCUCCCUAUUCAGAACAUCAUAGUGAUGAAGAUGUACCACGAAGAUCAUCGGCAGCACGACCAUCACGACGUUCUGUAGAGACUCCUUCGAAAACCAAGGAUACACCAAAGUCAAGUAGAAGAUCAACUAGAGAGUCGCCAUAUGUUAAUGCCGCAUCAACUUCACCUCCUACGAAACCAACUCUUCACAAACACUAUUCAGAGCCACCGAUAGUCGGUGUUGGAUCAAGUAGACGAGAGCCUAGUCGAUCGAGGACCGAGUACCCUCGAGAGCCACCUCCACCGCCUACAUUUACCAGAGCAGCUACAUUCACACAAGGCAUGGGUACGAAGGAAGAUAUUAGGGAUAGGGGUCGUGGACCAAGUAGAAUUGUUCAGGAACCAGAAUCAGAAUCAGAUUCUGGGUCUGACUCAGAGUCCCCAUCACCAACACCACAAUAUUCUCAUGUGAGACAGCCUCGACGUGAAGUUCCUGAAACUACCGGUACUACCAAAACGUACGUCAUCAAUGGCAACGGGCGAAGUGAACUCAAGGGUUCUUCUUAUCGAUCUGAUCUCCACGAUGAUGCUUACACAAAGCGAAAUCGAAGUCCAUCUCCUCGUCGAACUACUCGUCCUCCCUUGUCACGAAGUGGUGGAAGUGCUCCUCGUCAGGUACGAUCUCAAUCACGAGGGUAUCACCCAACAUCCGCGCCCGUGCCCGAGCCAGCUGAGCCAAUAAUUCUCACUCCCCAACCACCCAAGUCUCGAGAGCCUUCUCGGGGUACAAGUCGUGGCGGAUAUCCACCACAAUACAGUGUAAAUUAUGCUGCUCCAAUUACACACGAUAACAUUGUUUUCACCACUGGAACACAGUAUGUUGACAGAAGAACUACCGAAUCGGCACAUCCUCGCGAUUAUCCGCCCUAUCCUACACCUCGUGGUCGUGAGGGGAUCUACAUAUAA